GCAGCCGCUUCCUUCCCCCAUACAGAGUAGCCGAAUGUUACCACCUUAGAAAGGCUCAUUGACGUCUCCAAAACAUCUUACCUAGAACCAAACUGCACUUGUAAUCUUUCUUCCUUGUUUUUGCUGCCAUCUUAUUUUGGCAUUGUCUGUAUAUAUAAAAGAAAGAAUUGUUUUUUAUUUUAUUUUUCAAACAAGUGGUUUCUUUCUACCAUCCUUCUAAAAUCAUACAGUUUUGUCUUUUUUUCCUCGCUUCUUUUUGUGUGAACACGUUUCAUUUCAUCCUAUUUCGUUCAAUUUUUUAAUUUGAACAUUUUCCUUCCGUUUUUCUCUUUCUCUAUUUUGUUUCUUCCUUUUCAAACAGAAAAAUACAUCAUCGUGCUUCAACGUUAGGUCUCUUGUUGCUUGUUCUUUUCUUGUUGUCGUUGUCAUUGUCAUUGUCAUUCCUCAUUGAUUCCAAUUCCAUCAAUAAAAAUUUAAAAAAAAAAACUGUUAAGCUAUCCUCCUUUUUUCUCCCGCUUCUACUACGAUUUUGACGACGACUUUUCGACAUUCUUUCCUCACCGUCGCCCGUCGCCGUCUAUUCCUUCAUUGACGUAGAAAACAAAAAAAAAAAAGGGAAAAAGGGGAAGAACGUUUUACUCUUUAUUAUUUUUCUUUAGAAAACAUCUCCUUUCAUCUUCUCUGUCUCUCUCUCCUCGUGGUCAAUUGAAUCCAACGUUUUAUUCUUGAUUUCAUUGCCCUUUUCCAAGCGGAAUCGUUUUUCUUGGUAUCUUUUUAUUUACUCUCUUUUACUGCCUUUCUUGGCUAUCUUCUUUAUAAAGAAAAAGUUUGGCCCUUUCUCUGUUUCUGUUUUUAUCUCUGUCUCUCUUCUUUUCUUUCCGUCUAGGCCAACUUGUACUCCUUUUUCUUUCGUUUUCAUUGUCUUCCCAUUUUUAGUACUCCUUUCCAGUACUCACCCCUUUUUCUUUUUUACUCUCUUCCAUUAGACACUUUUAACCUCCUUCGCCAUACAUUUGGCUCUUAUGGACACAGUUUUUGUACCCAAUCCAAAGUUGAAUUCGUUUUCUCCUUCAGAUCGUCAACUCUCCAUCAUGGAAUCAUGGAACCCUGUUUCCUCUUUCGCUUCCCCUUCCACCUCCUCUUCUCAUCCUUUGCCUUCUGAUUCUCAACCCUCCGCUCAAAUGGAUACUUCUUCUCCCCGCUUUUCUGCCUUUCCAAACCAAAAAAGCCCUUCUCUCGUUCCAGGUCCAUCUUCUAUAUCUCCCUUUACCUCGGCUUCAUCCAAUUCCUAUUCUGGGUUUCCCUCACAGGCUUUUCCCAAUCCAUCCUUAUUGGAAAAUCCUGUUUCCCGUUUUCAUGAUUCUUCUCCUCCUUCAUCCUCGUCUUCCCUUUCUUCCCCUAAUCAGCGAGGUCUCUACAAUCACUCCUCUCAACUACUCUCAGAUGACUUGUCUUUUGAUCCGAAAGGUUCCAUUCCUCCCAACGAGCUCCUUUCCUCUACAUGGUCAAAAGGUCCUUCCCCUAAUUUUUCUCCUUCACAAGAUCGUUAUACUUCUCAGGCUCCCACUUCUCUUUCUAAAGGUCAACUCACUAACCCCUCGGCUUUGGCCAAUCCGUUGCGUGCUUCCCCGAAUAAUCCUGAAAAGUGGAAUCGUUUGUCUUUUUCGGAAUCUCUUAGCCCUAGUCUUUCCGGCCAAACUCAAUUGUUUGCUCUUCAGCAACAACAACAACAACAGCAGGCCGCUUCUGUUCAAAAUUCUACUCCAUUUCCCAUGCAGUCGGUCCGCCCUAGUACCGGUGAUGUUUAUUCCAGCUUGUCCACUGGCCUCUCUGCCCGCCGUCCAAGUCUAAACACUGAUAAUCACGGACGCCCCAUACCCGCCACUACUCUUCGUCUUCCUGGUAGGUCAUCUUUGAACGGUGGUUCUCAGGCUUCUCCAAAUUUGCAGAAUGUUGCCUUAAACCUUUCCCCUCGUCACCCCGUGGCUCAGGCUCCUUUGUCUGCGGAUCCUACGUUUUCCUCUUUUGACUUUCUUAGUGACAAUUCCAUAUGGUCCAAAGCCUCUGCUUCUCCCACAACCAAGUAUAAUUUAUCCAGUACUGCUGCUCCUUCUCAAGCUUCGGAUCCUAUUGUUCCGUUGUCUUCCUCCCGAUUAUCUGGACAAGCGAAUAACGUACAGAAUUUGGUAUCAGAUCGAUUGGAUCUUGCCAAUACCAAUGGAUUCACUCCCAGAGCUUCUCGUUCUUGGGCCCGUCACUCUGCCUCAGGCACUUCUCGCUCAUCUCUUUUCUCACCAACUACUGGGCGUGUUUCAGCCAAUUUAGAAAAUAAUCUGGCUCAGUUAUCUCUUAAACAGAGAAGCAACAGCGCCAGUUUUCCUUCUAUCAAUACUGCAAAUUCUCCCAUUGUCCCUGAGGAUUUGGUCAGUGGCGGUAACUCCUUUGAAGAGAUGGCAAGUCCGAAUGACUUGGCUGAGGAUCGUUUUGCAUGGCCCAGAGGACAAAGACGCUCUUCAAUUACCGAUCCUAAGAAUUAUCGACUCGUUCCUCCUCCUCUACGCUCUUCUUUUGAUGUAUCUACAAAUCCCAUCUCUAUGCGUCCUACCUUAUUGUCGUCAAAUCGAGUUCCAUCUUCUGCGCCUCCCCAGACUUUGCAUUUUGCAAAUGUCCCUCCACUAUCAGCUCCUUUGUCUGACGUCUUGGAAACGGACGUUGAUGCUCCUUCUGCUAUGGCUCAAGCAAACGCUUCAGCCUCUAAUUUACUUUUGGUCGAGUUCAAAGCUGGUCGCACUGAUGUGUUUGUCGCCGAUGCAGGUCAUUUGACUGGCGUCAAACUUAGUAGUUAUGUUAUUGUAGAGGCAGAUCGAGGUCAAGAUCUCGGACGAGUAAUCGCGAAAGAUUUAUCUCUUGUUGAAGCAGCGGCGCGAUUAGCAAGUUUGAAAGAGGAACAACUAGCCGCCCUACAAGCAGCCGAAGGCAAUAACGGCUUUGGUGCUAAGAGUGAUAACAGUGUAUCUGUUACAGCCACGGGCUUGCAUCCAAAGCAUAUUUACCGUUUAGCAGAAUCCCGAGAAGUAGAUGAACUUGCUUCUAAAUACCAGGACGAAUCGCAAGCAUUGUUGGUUUGUCAAGCUAAGGUACGACAAAGAAAGCUUCCUAUGGAAGUUUUAGAUGGGGAAUAUCAGUGGGAUCGAAAGAAGCUUACAUUCUACUAUCACGCGAAACAACGCAUUGAUUUUCGCGAACUCGUUCGUGAUUUAUUCAAAGUUUAUAAAACACGUAUAUGGAUGUGUGCUGUUACAGAAAGUAAUAUCCCUCCUAAUGACUCCGCCGGGGCAAGUUGGUAAUUUGCUAGAAACCAUCGUUGUGACCUUGACCCUUCUUGUGAUUGAGAUUGUUUGAAAGAGAUUAUAUCUAAUGACUUUUACUAAGUCUGAUAAAUCUAUGUUCUUAAAAAUAAAUAGAAUCUUUUUUGGACUUACGAAUGCCAAAUAUGUUUCAACGAUCAUGCGAACAGCGAGAUUUUUUGCUGUUGCUUUACUAUUUUAAUGAUGACUGCGAGUUUAUGAAUAAUUGCCUCCUCUUUUUUCUCUGAUUUUGAAGUUUAUCGCUGUUAAGCUCGGAAUUUUUUUUUUUCUCCAUAUAAUGGAACAAGAAGACUGAUCGUUUACGAGGGAUGUGAAUGAUAAAUUAGAAGAUGACUUUUUUUUUAUGAUUAUAUUUUUAAUUCGCCAAUGCCUUCUCUUCUCUUAUGCUUUUCUGCGUGGUGCCUAUAUAAGAGCUAAUCAGUUAAUUACUUUGCAUACUCUCCCCGUACUUACUAGAACUAAAAUGUUACCUUCUUGAUUCAAGGAUUUUUUGCAUUUUCCUGCUUUAUGAUUGAGUUUUGAAUGACUUACGGACGAAAAGUCUAUAUAUACAUUAUAGAGCUUUAUAGACAUAUGAAAUUUAUAGACUUCUGGAUACGUAUUUUCUUGUCUCCUUUUUGAGUUAUUAUUAAAAAAUAUGAUGACUAAUUGCACGCUUGAAAGCUGAGUUUUGUUAAUUGUAAGAUUGAACCGUACUGUUUUAGGAAAUGAUGUGG